AUGUCAGAUCCUGUUGAGCUCCAAGGUAUCCCGUCGAGCGCGACACAGGCAUCGGCGAGCGGUGUCCAGGAUCCUGCUGGAGGUGCCCAUCUCAACGAGAGUUCCCUUGCACCAGUCGACCGGGGAUCUGGUGCCUGGUCUUUUCUGGCUGGAGCAUUCCUGAUCGAGGGCCUCGUCUGGGGUUUCCCGACCGCCUACGGUGUAUUCCUCGUAAUAUAUCUCGAGGAUCCUGCGUGGGCUUCGCAGAAACAUGCUAGGGGGCUUCUUCCCCUUAUUGGCCCCAUGGCAUCCGGAAUUAUGUAUAGUGCAGCGCCGGUGACAUAUCCGUUGGCCGCUCGUUUUCCGAGUCACAGGCGGAAAGCUAUGUGGCUGGGGGUAGUCCUUAUAUUUGUCAGUCUGUUUGGAGCGAGCUUCGCGCACACCAUCUCAUCUCUGCUGGCACUCCAAGGCGUAGUCUAUGGCGUUGGCGGUGCACUGCUGUAUGCUCCCGCGAUGUACUAUUUGUCGGAUUGGUUCGCUGAGCGUCGCGGUCUAGCGCUCGGUGUCAUUGAUGCCGGUACUGCAUGCGGUGGCCUGUUGCUGCCGCUGAUCUUGCCUCCACUCCUCAACAGAUUUGGCAGUACUAAGGUCCUGCGGUUCUAUAGCAUCGUCUGCCUCGGCAUACUCGUAGUGGUGCUCCCUUUUGUCCGUGGACGCCUUCCAGAGGCUCGGGUCAUGCACGGGCCGAUAAAUCCUAGAGCUGUUGCCCAGCACCGAUUCUUCUGGCUCAAAGACAAAACCUUCUGGGUCAUCAACCUUGCGAACACUCUGCAAGGUCUGGCAUAUUUCGUCCCUUUGCUUUGGCUUCCGACGUAUGCCUCGUCUCUGCGCCUCAACUCGCGCGAUUCUUCGCUAUCGCUGGCGCUUCUCAACGCAGCGUCGCUCGUCGGCCGACUGGGCAACGGCACGUUGUCCGACAUCAUCAACCCCUGGCUUAUUGCGAGUACCACUCUUAUGCUCGCGUCGCUUUCCAUUUUUGUCCUUUGGGGAGUUUUAUCGUACAAUUUUGCGGGAGUACUUGUAUACGGUAUUGCGUACGGCUGCUUUGCAGGAGGCUGGACGAGUCUUUGGGCUAGUUUUGUCAGGCCUAUUGCAAAGGACGAUCCCACCCAUACAACGUCUAUGCUGGGUUGCCUGAUGCUCUUCCGUGGCAUCGGUAGCAUUCUCUCCACACCUAUCUCGACCGCCCUCCAGACCAAUUUCCAGUCCGGCUUUGGCGAUGAGCCGAUCGGCACCGGAGGUGCGUACAAGGGCUCGUACGAGAAGGUUAUCCUGUACGCGGGAACGUGCUUCGCGGCAGCUGCUCUCAUUGUCACUACUGGGUGGAUCAUGAGCGGUACUUUCUCUAUCAGGAGGCAGUGA